AUGGACAGGCAUGACAACAGCACGGAAACUAGUGGGGUGCUGAAGAUGACACAGCCUUGCAUUUCAGAGGACCUAAAAAUAGGUUUUGGAAUCUCUGAUCAUGCCACCCAAACCGAUAUUAGUGAGAUAGGAGAUCUGAAACAGUUUACAGCAAUGACAAGAACUUUACUACAGUUUACAGACUCACUCUGUGAUGACUUUGCAUUGUAUAAAAAUAUCCUGAAAAUGCAGUAUGAGGAAAAAAUACAGGAAUAUGCAACCAAACUCUGGCUAGAGAUAAGUGACAGACUGAAAGACGUUGAGGAACUUUAUAAGCAGAAAGAAAUCAAAACACGAUGUAGCUACCAACAACAAUUAAGUGAUGCACUUGCUGUUCUUCGAAUGAACUACUCAAAAUAUUUACAAGUUGAUGAACAAUGUAGAGCAGAAUCAGCCACUGCAACUGUAGAAAAACUAAGGAGAAGGAUUGAUGGGCAAGCAGCUCAAAUUGAAUAUUUAACACAGCUGUUGGAAGAAGAAAAAGAACUGAGAGCUGAAAAGCUUGAACGUGAAGGGUACAUGGAGCUGGACUUGCAUUGGCAGCAGAUGCGGGAUUUGAGAGAACAAAUAACUAGCCUGCUUGAAAAAAACACACAGCUUCAAGAAACUGUGAAACAGGGAGCAAAAGAACACAGUGACUUAGAGACUGAAAUUAAACAUAUGCAGAACAAAAGAGAAACAGAUAUGAAGGCAAUGGAAAGGCUGAUGAACGCUCAAGAAAUACUGAAGCUGGAACUUGACAGAGAGAAGCAGAGAGUUCUAGCAAAAGCUCAGGAACUAAAAGAAGCUCAAGAUGCUCUUGCAAAGUUAAAAGAAACUGCAGCUCCCCCAGUACCAAAGAAAGCAUUAGCCCAUGAAGCAAAACUGGAAAAGAAGCAGAGAAAAAUCCUGAAAGGGAAACCUGGGAAAGACGCAGCUGCCAAAGAUGCAGCCACCAAAGUUGCAGCUCUUGAACCAGCCACCUCCAAAGACGCAGCCGCUGCCAAAGACGCAGCCACUGACAGAGACGCAGCCACCAAAGGGGAUGGGACAGGUGAAAUUUUGGAUGAGACAACGGCAGCUGAGAGAAAAGCAUUAUGUGAUGAAAUAAAGAGGCUUAAGAAAGCUGAACAACAAGCAAGAUUGCAUAUAGAGAGACUUAAUCGGGAAUUGCAUCAGUUGAAUCAAUCUUGGGAAAUGAAGUUUGACAUUCUAAAGAAAAGUCUUCAUGCUAUUAAGAAUGAGAUGUUUCUUAGACAAUCACUGCGGCAAUCAGUGAAAUUCAGACGCCCAUUACUAGCUGAGAGGAAACCUUCUCCUAUACACAUCCAGAAGCGGAAUCAGAAUCCUCCACACAAACGCCGUUGGAUUUCAAGUACUUUGUAUAUGCCGUAUUCAGCCUUGCCAGAGAUAACUACUGAGAUAGAUAUUGACACCAAUGAAGAAGAUGAGAACGAUGCUAAUAUUCCAGUUACAGCUUCAGUUCCCAGUGCUGUUAAAGGCGCGACCGUGGGACAAGCUUGGCAGGGGCGGUCGGCGAGCGCCGACGAGCUGGUUUCUGUCAGGAAGAUCCAGUUCUUCUCCCUCUGUCAGCCGCCCAAGAAGCGGUUCCGACGUGGAGACGGCGUUCUCCCCUUUGCAGCCCCCUCGGGCUGUCCGCAGCCGCCGAGCCACCUCUGCCCCGCGCGUUCAGGCCUCAGGCCGGCCCGCGAUAACGGGGCCCCUCUUGGAGACUUCCAUGCGCAACGAUGCCCGAGCAGGCGGAGACCGUUUCUUGGCGGCCUCUUUCUAGCAGACCAGACCUUCGAGAGCAAGAACGGGGGAGUUAAAGUUCCGGCAGGGGGUCCUCCCCUUCCCGGGGCCUCGCGAGCUGCCUUCUUGCCGAGUCCCCCGGGCCCCGAGCGUUUAGGGGAGAAGCAGGACGCGUGUGCGUCUCCAGCCGGGGACCCUCCCAGCCGCUCGCCUCUAGCGUGCGGAGCGUUUGGCUAA